AUGCACGACAUUGGCCUCUCCGCCCGCGCGGCCGGCGCGACGUCUUCCUCCUCCGCCUCCGCCGCCGCCGCCGCCGGCGGCGGGGACGGCGGCGACGAGUCCAAGACCCGUAAGGCGCACCCCGGCUUCGUCGUCGCCGCCGCCUACACCCGCCUGCACUCCUCCCAUCGCGCGGUCGUCUCCCUGCUGCUCCUUCUCACCGUCGCCGUCGCUGCCUUCCUUUGGGGCCGCGCCCGCCCCAGCGUCGACUGCGCGCCGCCGCACCUCGAUGCGCGCUUCCUCGCCCUCCCCGACGCCGCCGCCGCCGCCGCCGCCUCCGACUUUGGCUCCCUCGGCGUCCCCUGGUGCAGAUCAAAAACAGGGAAGACUGUGGAAUGGACGUCUAAAGACCUACUUAAUGGAUUAGAAGAAUUUGUACCAAUAUAUGAGACACGCCCCAUCAAGAAUAAUAUGUAUGGAAUGGGCUUUGACCACAGUUUUGGGCUUUGGUUUAUGGCUCGCUGGCUUAAACCGGAUCUGAUGAUUGAGAGUGGUGCUUUCAAGGGGCACUCUACUUGGGUUUUGCGAAAGGCCAUGCCAAAUACUAGGAUUAUAUCACUCUCUCCCAGGCACCCUGAGAAAUAUCUUAAGAAGGGACCUGCAUAUGUUGAUGGAAACUGCACUUACCUCGCUGGGAAGGAUUUUGUUGAUUUUGGAAGCGUUGAUUGGGGAAAACUAUUGAGAAAUCAUGGCAUUUCUGAUCCCGCUAAGGUGCUUGUUUUCUUUGAUGACCACCAAAGUGAGUUGAAAAGGUUAAAGCAAGCGCUAAAGGCUGGAUUCAGGCAUCUCAUAUUUGAGGACAACUAUGAUACUGGUACAGGUGACCAUUAUUCCUUGAGGCAGAUCUGUGAUCAAUCAUACAUCAGAGGUGGUGGACAUAGCUGCUUUUGGGAUAGUGAUGAGGCAAGAUUAAGAUUUAAAAGGAAGAAGUUCUGGGAGAAGGCUGUGGAGAUAGAUGAUCUAUGUGGAAAGGAUGAUGCAUGGUGGGGUGUUAAAGGUUACAUGCGAGACAAUUUCAACCAUAGUAAUAAGGCCAUCUCGCACAAAGAGCAUUUUCAGAACGGUAGGCUCGUGGAAUCUGUGAUGGAUUUGUAUUGGGAGCUUCCUCCUGUUGCUGGUCCAUCCUUAACACAUCAAACAAGGUACGACCCAGCACGUGCGGUUGACCCAAUCAUUGAAGAUGGUCGCUACGGUUUGUUUCGAAAAAUCAGUCUAGCAAGAUUGGAUGCCUCAGUGUUCAAUGGUUACACUCAGAUGGCAUAUGUGCAGAUAUCAGGUUCAAUGUUGAGCAUAGAUGAUGUUUAA